UUAGGACAAAAAAACGUGUCGGAGAUUGGACAUUCGGAUCCUCUCUCUCUCUCUGCUUCUUGGUUUCAAGUCCGAUUACAAAGCGCAACCUUUUACAGUGGACUUUUCCUCUGCAGCACACAAAAAGGUUUUCGUUUUUCAAGUCUCUUCUUCAUAUAGUUUCAAUCUGUGCACACAAGAGAAGUCUCAAGAAUCUUAUCCUGCAAGAGAGGCCGCCAUAAGUGGAUAUUGUCUUUGGCCAUCAAGUGUGUUAGUACUGAAAGUAGUAUGGCUGAUAUGAGUCCAAUAACCGAUGUCUCAACAGAUGGAGACAGAGAUCUUGGGUCUGAGGGAGCACUAGUGAACACUGCUGCUUCUGAUUCUAGUGAACGAUCCAAGAACAAGUUGGAUCAAAAGACCGUUCGUAGGCUUGCUCAAAACCGCGAGGCAGCAAGGAAAAGCAGACUGAGGAAGAAGGCGUAUGUUCAGCAGCUUGAGAACAGCCGCUUGAAGCUUACACAGCUUGAGCAAGAGCUGCAAAGAGCAAGACAGCAGGGUGUCUUCAUUUCAAGCACAGGAGACCAAGCCCAUUCUACUGGUGGAAAUGGGGCGUUGGCGUUUGAUGCUGAAUACUCACGGUGGCUGGAAGAAAAGAACAAGAGAAUGAACGAGCUGAGAUCUGCUCUGAAUGCGCAUGCAGGUGAUGGUGAGCUUCGAAUAAUAGUAGACGGUGUGAUGGCUCACUACGAGGAGCUUUUCAGGAUAAAAAGCAACGCAGCUAAGAACGAUGUCUUUCACUUGCUAUACGGUAUGUGGAAAACACCAGCUGAGAGAUGUUUCUUGUGGCUUGGUGGCUUCCGUUCAUCCGAAAUUCUCAAGCUUCUGGCGAAUCAGUUGGAGCCAAUGACAGAGAGACAGGUGAUGGGAAUAAAUAGCUUGCAAGAGACAUCACAGCAGGCUGAAGAUGCUUUGUCUCAAGGGAUGGAGAGCUUACAACAGUCCUUAGCUGAUACUUUAUCUAGCGGGACUCUUGGUUCUAGCUCAUCAGGUAAUGUCGCUAGCUACAUGGGUCAAAUGGCCAUGGCGAUGGGGAAGUUAGGUACCCUCGAAGGUUUUAUCCGCCAGGCGGAUAACUUGAGACUGCAAACAUUGCAACAGAUGAUAAGAGUAUUAACAACGCGACAGUCAGCGCGUGCUUUACUUGCGAUACAUGAUUACUCCUCGAGGUUACGAGCUCUCAGCUCUUUAUGGCUUGCUCGGCCUAGAGAGUGACAUUUGUGUGUUUUGGUCACUCAACUCAGCUGUACAAAAUUCAUAUGAACACACAAACCAGGAGAGACUUUUUUACAUUUAACUUUGUUAGAUUCGUCUUAUUAGCAAAUCCAUCAACGAAUAAGAAGAGUCUUUUUUCUUGUCUGUAAGGUUUUCUAAAUGGUUUGGUAGUAAUUUGAUGUUGUUUUAGCUGUAGCCUCAAUGUUGUAUGCAUAUCUUUUAUAAUUAGAAAUGUCCCUUGAAUUUUGUCUUUUUGUUGUUGCUGUUGUGAUAUACUUGGUACAAAUGUAAUGUAUUUCACUCUUUUAAUACUAUAUUUUGAUAUUUACAUUUCGGUAUCUAU